UAAGAACGUAACAAGUAAGUACGUAAUUGUCUUUGAGAAUGGCGUUUCCGCAGUGGGGUCUGAGAUUUGUGCUGUGCGCAGCGUGAGUGUUUUAGUACCGAGCGGAGAGGAGAUGCACACGGCACUCGAGUGAGAGGUUUCUAAGCGAGGAGAUAAUGAGAGUUCACACACAUACCAGAUUCUGCUUUCUCUGCGUGCUGACCCUGCUGUACCAUCAGUGCAGUCACUGCCAUGAAGGAGGGUCCCACCAUCACCACGGGCACAACCACGGUGACCAUGACCAUGUCCACAGCGACCUGCAGAUUUCAGAAUUAUCCUGCGAUAGCUUAUCGGACCGGUUAGUACACGGCAGCAAUGGCGAACCUGCAGAGAACGAGCAACGUUACUACAUUCACCAGUUGUUCUGUCGGUACGGCCAGAAGGAUCGUCUGGAUUUUAAAGGCUUCCAGAGUUUGCUGUUGAGUUUAGGGCUGGGCGAGGUGCGGGUGGUUGGGCUGGAGCACGAGGAUCUUGGGCACGAUCAUGUGGCACACUUGGAUAUUCUCGAGGUUCAGGAAGGACGGCACUCGCAUUCGGCCGGUCAUCCGCACCCUCACCAGAAGCCCCACAUCUCCCACAAGAACCACCACGAGAAUGAAGAACACGGCCCUGACGAGGAGCUACCGUGCAGCAAAACAACCGAGAGCACCACUCACAGUGGAUCUGAGAAACAUAACCAUGAGAAAGACAGUGAUCAUGAACACAUCCACAGACUUGUCACGGACAGUCCUCAAACUCAAGAUCAUGACGAUGACCACACACAUUCACACACGCACAGUCAACAACAACUGGAACAUGAUCAUGACCAAAAGAGCAGUGAACAUACACAAGAAAACAAUGAUCUCAGUGACCAAAGCCACAAUCAUCAUGACCACAAGCACCCCCACCCUCAUCUCCAUGGUCCAGACAGUGUGGAGCACACCUCAGCAACGCCUCAGCUCACACCCCGAAUCCAGCCUUCUGCACCCACUGAGCUCCCCACCACACAACCCAGAAGAAACAGGAGACCACCUAAAGUCAGAGCCCAUCAAGGCCCUAACAAGACCAGCAUCACUGUUACUCAGGCCGUGGAGCUGGAGACCAUCAGAGAUGACCAGGAUCACAGCCCAAUUCAGCCGCAGAGGGGCAGGAGAGAGGUGCCAGGAGAAGAUCUGUCUGUCAAAUCACAUGCACACGGUGCUUUUCACCAACAUGAGGAGUGCCUGAAUUUAACGGAGCUGCUACACCAGUAUGGACUGAGCUCAGAUUCUCUCAUAUCUCCAGUGCAGUUCACCUAUUUAUGUCCAGCACUGCUCUACCAGAUAGACAGACGCUUCUGCAUCCUUCAUUAUCACCACGUUGAGUCUGAGCCACAAGAUGCAACAUCUGCAGUGUGGGUCUGGAUGUGGGGCUUUGUGUCUAUCACCAUCAUCAGUCUGCUUUCUCUGCUGGGUGUUAUUCUGGUGCCCAUUCUCAACCAGUCCUGCUUCAAGUUUCUCUUGACCUUCCUGGUGGCACUGGCGGUGGGAACCCUCAGUGGUGAUGCCUUACUGCAUCUACUCCCUCAUUCUCAAGGGGGCCAUAAUCACAGUUUUGAAGGACAGACGGAGGAAGAACCUGUAGAGGAUUAUCUGACAAAGUUUGACGGAGUUUGGAAAGGACUGACUGCAUUAGCAGGAAUCUACCUCCUCUUCAUUAUUGAACAUUGCAUUGGCAUGUUCAAACACUACAGCGACCAAAGGGGAGGCCUCUGCCAGAGAAAGAAAAAGGGAGAGCAGGCAGAGAUCGGGAGGAAAUUGUCAGACCACAAACUCAACAGGCGUUCAGAUGCUGAGUGGCUCCAUCUGAAGCCUCUAACAGAAGGAGAAGGUACGACUUGUGAAGCCGGACACAAUGACACUCAGAUGACGGAGUUGCAGUCUCUGGAUUCACCCAGCAAGAUGCCGCUAGCCAUCUCUGUUUCAGAACACCCCUAUAAGGAAGCUGUAAAAACAGAAGAGGACAGUGGGCCAAAGGCCAAGUCAAAAAAGCAUGGACAUGGACAUGGACAUGGUCACUCCCACCAUGGGCACUGUCACUCUGACCAGGAAAUGAAAGAUGCAGGGAUUGCCAGCAUAGCAUGGAUGGUCAUUAUGGGAGAUGGCAUGCAUAACUUUAGUGAUGGACUCGCUAUAGGUGCUGCUUUCAGUGCUAAUAUUACGGGUGGCAUUAGUACUUCAGUAGCUGUGUUCUGUCACGAACUGCCCCAUGAACUAGGUGACUUUGCGGUUUUAUUGAAGGCUGGGAUGUCAGUGAAGCAAGCCAUUGUGUACAACGUCCUCUCUGCCCUGAUGGCUUACGCUGGCAUGGUGAUCGGCACGGCCGUGGGACAGUACACACACAACGUCACCAGCUGGAUCUUUGCUGUCACUGCUGGCAUGUUUCUCUAUGUGGCAUUAGUGGAUAUGUUGCCAGAGAUGCUUCAUGGUGACAGCGAAGAACACAAACGCUGUGAGAUGGGUCACUUCGUCCUGCAGAACUUGGGCAUGCUCACGGGAUUCGGCCUCAUGCUGCUGAUCGCCAUCUUCGAGGAUCACAUUGUGAUUGAUUUUGGCUUCUAGCUGGAGGCGUCAUUCAGCUACAUUCACACUCGUGCUUUGCCCUAAAGUGGCUUUGUUUUGUGAUGGUACAGUCUUGCAAGCAUGUCUCAGAAGAUCACAUCAGUAGCUUACAGUGGACAUGGACAUGCACACAAACAUGUUUACGUUUCAUCUUCUCUCAUCUCCUCCUCUCUAGGCCACUCAAAAAGUUUACUUGUCAUUUUCAAGCUCUUUUGUAGAUGUAGCUUCUGGACUGUUCUCUUCUGUCGUUAUUGUUUUUUUUUGGAGUAUGUAUGUCCAGUCAGACAUAUGCACAGCACACAAGAAACACUCCCCAUUAUUUGGGUUAUCCCUUUAAUACUUGAGUGUUUUUUAGGACUGUGUCCUAGAGAGAAGCAGCUAUUCAUCUGUCACCCAUUUAGUGUCAUGUUUAGCUCUUUCAUUCAUAUGUAUUGUAACUCAUAGUCCAUUCAUUUGUAACUGGCGUGUUGUGCUGUGUAUGUCGUGUGUCACAUCGCCGUGUCAGGCGCUAAAAUGGUGCAACAGAGCCCAACUGGCAUCAACUCUGCAUAUUCUUUUAAUUUAUUGAAAAGUACUGGUCAGUAUUGUGUGCCAGGAUCAUGUGAUU